AACUGGAGUUCAUUUCGACUUUGGCACUGAUUCAAAAUGGCAUCCAAAACUUUAUCUAUUUUGUGCUUUUUGGUAUUGUUCUACCUAGUUUCGGAUACCGAAUCCUUUAUCUUAAAGACCAAUAAAACUGAUGAGAAGAUCGUUGGUGGUGAGGAAAUAAGCAUAAAGAAAGUUCCUUAUCAAGUAUCAUUGCUCCAUUUUAAUGGACACGUGUGCGGCGGUGUGAUUCUGACUAGACAAUUUGUCCUGACAGCGGCUCAUUGCUUCAUGUUCGUCUACAGCCACGAAGAAGUCAAAGUACGUGUUGGCAGUUCUGAAAUAAACCAUGGAGGAAUGAUAUUUGAUAUUGAAUUCUAUGCUCUUCAUCCUGACUAUCCAGAAGACCAUGAUGACACAUCUGAUUAUGACGUGGCUCUUGUUAAACUUGCAUAUCCGCUUAAGUUUAGCGAAGACAUCCAACCGAUCAUGAUGGCUGAAAAGGACUACGAACCACCAGCAGGAACCAAGGCUUAUGUGUCUGGAUGGGGCAGAACAUCGUUCGGUGGUCAAUUGUCUAAAAAUCUUAGAGGAGUUGAAUUAGAAAUAAUAGAUCUAUUCGAUUGCUUCCUUUCUUACAUGGAUAAAGUAAACGUAUCCGAAAGGCAAGUUUGCGCUGGAAUCCCCGUUGUAGGUGGUAAAGAUUCUUGCACUGGAGACUCGGGUGGCCCCCUUACCAUCGAUGGAGUCUUGGUCGGAACUGUUUCUUAUGGCGAAGAUUGCGCUAAAGCAGAAUAUCCUGGAGUUUAUUCAAAUAUUGCUGAAUACAGAGAUUGGAUUGAAGGACUUAUAAGAGUUGAGUCAUAAAUGAUAUUUAUUAUUAUAUGAUGAACUGUAUAGUUUGAAUAAACUACUAAUUUAAGCUCAA